CCAACCCCUCCCCUCCUCCACCACCCCACCCCACGCGGUUGCCGUGACGCCCCGCGAUGGCGUUGCCUGGCAACGGGAGGCUGGCGGUCGGCGUUGCCGCGGCGACGCUGCUGGUGGCCGGCCUGGUGGUGUUCGCCGAGACGCCCGCGCGCUUCCUGCGAACGCCGGCCGACCAGGUGGGAGUGUCGGGCGGCGUGGCCUCCUUCGUUUGCCAGGCCACCGGCGACCCGCAGCCCAACAUCACCUGGGCCAAGAAGGGCAAACGGUUGACGUCCCAGCGCUUCGAGGUGAUCGAGUUCGACGGCGGAGCGGGCUCGGUGCUGCGGGUGCAGCCCCUGCGCACCGUGCGCGACGAGGGCUCCUACGAAUGCAUCGCCUACAACAACCUGGGGCAGAUCCCGGCCGCCGCCAAACUCACCGUGCUGCGCGAGGAGCAGGUGCCCGCCGGCUUCCCGCGCAUCGACAUGGCACCGCAGCUCAAGGUGGUGGAGCGCACGCGCACCGUCACCAUGCUGUGCGCCGCCAGCGGCAACCCGGAGCCCACGGUGACGUGGUACAAGGACUACCUGCCCCUCGACGUGGCGGCCAGCGACGGGCGCAUCCGCCUGCUUCCUGCCGGUGGACUGCAGAUCGAGAAGAGCCGUGACCUGGACCAGGGCAAGUACGAAUGCGUGGCCUCCAAUAGCCUGGGCACCGUUUACUCAACGCCGGCCAACCUGUAUGUCAGAGAGCUACGACCAGUCCGCCACGUGCCGCCGAGGCUGACGACGCCGCCGGUGAGCCAGGAGGUGAUGCCCGGCGCCAGCGUGAACGUGACGUGCGUCGCCACCGGCUCGCCCCUGCCCUACGUCAAGUGGAUGUCGGGCGGCGAGGACCUGACACCCGAGGAGGAGAUGCCCAUCGCGCGCAACGUCCUCGAGCUGAGCAACGUGCGCGAGAGCGCCAACUACACCUGCGUGGCGCUCUCGUCGCUCGGCGUGGUCGAGGCCACCGCGCAGAUCAGCGUCAAAGCCCUGCCGCGCCCGCCGGGCGCCCCCGUGGUGACGGAGACGACUCCGACGAGCGUGACGCUCACGUGGGACUCGGGCAACACGGAGCGCGUGAGCCACUACACGCUGCUCUACCGCCCUCGGCACGCCGGCCACGGCGGCGGCGCCACCACCACGGGGACGCGGGCGAGGCCAGCGCCGGCCGCGCCAUCGGAGCCCACGCCACCCUUCCAGGAGAUCGACACCGUCACGACGACGCGCUACACCGUCGGCGGCCUGGGCCCCUACUCGCAGUACGAGUUCCGCGUGGCGGCCGUCAACACGGUGGGCCGCGGCCCGCCCGGCGGCGUGACGGUGACGCGCACGGGCGAGCAGGCGCCGUCGAGCGCCCCGCGCAACGUGCAGGCGCACAUGAUCUCGUCCACGGCCAUGCUCGUCACGUGGGAAGAGCCGGAGGAGCCCAACGGGCACAUCCUCGGCUACCGCGUCUUCUACCACAGCAACGACGGCGACGGCGGCGGCGGCGGCGGCGACGACGAGGACGACGGGGACGACGAGGGGCACGAAAGCGGCAAGAACGGCGCCUUCACGCAGCAGCAGGAGCUGCACCGGGAACCGGUGCACACGUGGAAGCGCUCGGACACGAGCGACGUCAUGCUGGCCACGAUCCGCGACCUGACGCCGCAGGUGGACUACGCGGUGCGCGUGCUGGCCUACACCUCGGUGGGCGACGGGCCGUUCUCGCCCGAGCUGCGCAUACGCACGCAGGAGGGAGUGCCCAACCAGCCCAUCAACCUGAAGGCGGAGGCCGAGUCGGCGAGCAGCGUGCUGCUCGCGUGGACCCCACCGCGGCAGGAGGGCAUCCUCAAGUACGAGCUCGCCUACCGGCCCGGCGACGGCACCGCGACGACCGCGACCGCCAGCGAGCAGCAGGUGGUGACGUUCGACCCAACGAUGACGUACCUCCUGGAGGGCCUCAAGCCCAACACGCUCUACAGCUUCCGUCUGGCGGCGCGCUCCGGCCACGGCCUGGGACCCGCCACGCUGGCCGUCACAGCCCGCACCAUGCCCUCCACUUUCGUGAAAAAUUUCCGCGUCAAAUCGGUGACGCAGACCUCCGUGCUGCUGGUGUGGGAAGCGCCGGCGUCGUACAGCUCCAGCGAGCCGCUCAAGGUGGUGUCGAGCGACGGGCAGGCGAUUGAGGUGGACGGCUGGUCGGGCCGCAAGCGCGUGAGCGGCCUGCGGCCCGACACGGAGUACCGGCUGGGCCUGACGAGCCGCGGCGACAGCGCGGGGGCCCUGCAGCAGGAGGUGGGGGUCCGCACGGCCCCCCAACUCUUCAGGGGGGCUCGCCCCGUGCCGCUGGGCCGCGUCUCCGCCGACGGCACCAUCAGCCUCGACCUGCCGCAGCCUGCCGACGGCGUGCAGCUGCGGUCAUACUGCUUGGUGGUGGUGCCGCUGGCGCGGCAGAAAGGACGCUACCUGCGGCCGUCAGGAAGUCCCGAAGAGCUGGACCUGGACCAGCUGAUGGAGGAGACGACGCCCGGCGGCCGGCGCCGGCGCCGUCGUCGUCGACGGGCGACUCCUCGGGGUGCCGCGGCGGACGCGGCCGGCGGUGGAGCCGCGGCGUACGUGACGGCGCGCUGGGACGGGGGGCCGCCGCCGCCGCCCUCCGCCGGCGCCGGCGGCUUCGUGGUGGGCGACGGCGCCCGCCUGGGCGGCCACGCCAACCGCCCGCUGCAGGAGGGCCGCGCCUUCACCUUCUUCGCCAUGGCGGCCAUUGGCUCCCGCGACGCCCGCAUGUGGGCGGUGAGCGGCUACUCAGAGCCCGUGGUGUCCCCCGAGCCGGAGCCGCUGCCCAUCUCGGAGGAGGAGGAGGGGCUGCUGUGGGUGGUGGGGCCCGUGCUGGCCGUCAUCUUCAUCAUCUGCGUCGUCAUCGCCAUCCUCCUCUACAAGAGCAAGCCGGACAGGAAGCGCAGCGACUCGGACCCCACCAAGCCCAUCCUGCUGGGAGACGCGCGGCCGGCGGGCCGAGGAUCCUCCGGCGGGGGUGGCGCCGGCGCCGGGCCCGGCGGGACGGCGGCGCCCGCGGGCAGCGGCGGCGGCGGCGCCGGUGCUGCCGAGGCGUUCGGGAAGGAGAACGCGGCCGCCGCUCAGCAGCCGACGGACCCCGUGGAGCUGAGACGCAUCAACUUCCAGACACCAGGCAUGAUGAGUCACCCGCCCAUUGCCGUGGAGGAGCUGGUGGAUCACGUGGAGCGGCUCAAGGCCAACGACAACAUGCUGUUCGCGCAGGAGUACGAGUCCAUUGACCCGGGGCAGCAGUUCACGUGGGAGCACUCCAACCUGGAGGUGAACAAGCCCAAGAACCGCUACGCCAACGUCAUCGCCUACGACCACUCGCGCGUGCUGCUGGCGCCCGUGGACGGAGAGCCCGGGAGCGACUACAUCAACGCCAACUACAUGGACGGCUACCGCAAGCACAACGCCUACAUCGCCACGCAGGGCCCGCUGCCCGAGACCUUCGCCGACUUCUGGAGGAUGGUGUGGGAGCAGCGCAGCGCCACCGUCGUCAUGAUGACCAAGCUAGAGGAGCGCUCGCGGGUGAAGUGUGACCGCUACUGGCCGGCGCGCGGCUCGGAGACGUACGGGACGCUGACCGUGGCGCUGCAGGACACCAUGGAUCUGGCGACGUACUGCGUCCGCACGUUCACGCUGCAGAGGGGAGGCAGCGGGGAGCGGCGGGAGGUGCGGCAGUUCCAGUUCACGGCGUGGCCGGACCACGGCGUCCCCGAGUACCCGACGCCCUUCCUGGCAUUCCUGCGGCGCGUCAAGGCCUGCAACCCGCCUGACGCGGGCCCCAUGGUGGUGCACUGCAGCGCCGGCGUGGGCCGCACGGGCUGCUUCGUGGCGCUGGACGCCGCGCUGGAGCGCCUGCGCUCGGAGCGCACGGCGGACGCGUACGGCCUCGUCACGUGCCUGCGCUCGCAGCGCAACUACAUGGUGCAGACGGAGGAGCAGUACGCCUUCGUGCACGAGGCGCUGCUCGAGGCGGCCAGCGCCGGCGGCACCGAGGUGCCGGCGCGCUCCCUCCACGCGCACGUGCGCCGCCUCGCCUCUCCGCAGGCGACGCACGGGAUCACGGGCAUGGUGCUGGAGUUUAAGCGCCUGGCCAACACGCGCUUGAGCCCGGCGUGCUUCGUCAGCGCCAACCUGCCCUGCAACAAGUUCAAGAACCGCCUGGUGAACGUGCUGCCCUACGAGGUGACGCGCGUGCCCCUGCAGCCCAUCCGCGGCGUCGAGGGCUCCGACUACAUCAACGCCAGCUUCAUCGACGGAUACCGGCAGCAGGCGGCGUACAUCGCCACGCAGGGCCCCAUGGCGGAGACCACGGAGGACCUGUGGAGGAUGCUGUGGGAGCACAACUCCACCAUCGUGGUCAUGCUCACUAAGCUGCGCGAGAUGGGACGGGAGAAGUGCCACCAGUACUGGCCGGCGGAGCGCUCGGCGCGCUACCAGUACUUCGUGGUGGACCCCAUGGCCGAGUACAACAUGCCGCAGUACAUCCUUCGCGAGUUCAAGGUCACCGACGCCCGGGACGGGCAGUCGCGCACCGUGCGCCAGUUCCAGUUCACGGACUGGCCCGAGCAGGGGGUGCCCAAGACGGGCGAGGGCUUCAUCGACUUCAUCGGCCAGGUGCACAAGACCAAGGAGCAGUUCGGCCAGGACGGGCCCAUCACCGUGCACUGCAGCGCCGGCGUCGGCCGCACGGGCGUCUUCAUCGCGCUCAGCAUGGUGCUGGAGCGGAUGCGCUACGAGGGAGUCGUCGACAUGUUCCAGACGGUCAAGAUCCUGCGCACGCAGCGCGCCGGCAUGGUGCAGACCGAGGAGCAGUACCACUUCUGCUACCGCGCCGCGCUCGAGUACCUCGCGAGCUUCGACCACUACUCCACGUGAGCGGCCCUCGCCAUCGCCGCCGCCAUCGUCCCACGUGCCCAUCACUCGCCAACAUCACGGACGCACGACGAUGAGGAGGAGGAGGUUGGAGGAUGGAGGAGGAGGAGUUGAUGGAGAAGAAGAGGGAGAGAGAUGUU